AUUACUACAGUUAUAUGAAAUUCGAGAAUUUAUUCCAGUUUUUCUAUUAAAUCAUUGCCUCCUGCCUCCAUCGUGAUAAGACUAAAUUGUCUAACUAAAUAUGGGACUUUUCAAAAGCACAAAUGCAUGGCUUACGAGUGUUCUAAACAAGACUGUGCACAAUUGAGAUCACCGAGUUAGUUUGAACCAGUUGAAGCCUAUGCCUUUUCACCUGAAACAAAUCAUUCGAAACGAAAAUGUGAAGAAACGAAUUCGCUCUCACCGUUUGAAGCAGACAACUUUUCCAAUGAAGAAUGUACCCACACACCACAUUAUUCCGUUCCACAAGCCUUUUAACUUUUUAACGUAGGCUUGAUCCUGCAUACGAUCACUUUAGAAAAUUCUUCAAAAGAAACAAAAGACAAUGGAAUUAAAUGACUCAUGGUCAAACUCGACCACGUUUGACCCCGCCAACCAUUAUUACGAUGUCACAAUGAACGAUUUUUCGGCUGACAAUGAUCCAGCGGUGUCGACACAGCAUUUGAAAAAUUACCCACAAAUAUUCCACGAGUGUUAUCGCCAAUUGUUUAAAAGCUAUUCCGAAAUUGAAGAUUUGUCUACUAACGAUCAGAUCGGUUUUAUAUGCGACUUUUGCACAGAAGAUCCAGAUGAAAUUUUCGCAGAUCAAACAUGUAUGCCAAGCCGAUAUCACCCGCUUGCCCUAUUUUGGGUGCUUUUCGGUUUCAUUUUCGUGUUCGGGACCCUGGGAAACCUUAUUGCUAUCAUCGCUGGGGUCAAAUAUCGUAAAGAAUGCAGUCCGAAUAUGUCGGCCAUGUUCCUCUUCCUUUCGAACCUGGCGGUGAGCGACUUUUUGAUGGUGAUACUCUGUGUACCGGCCACCUUCGUCUCGCAGGUCGUCGUCCAGCACUGGCCGUUUGGUCAUGCUGCGUGCGUGGCCGUGUCAUAUUCUCAGGCGGUGUCGGUGUUCGUGUCGGCGUACUCACUCGUGGCCAUCUCGCUGGACCGCUACAUGGCCAUCAUCUACCCACUGCGGCUGCCAUCAGGCCUGGGCCGUCACCAGGCGUGGGUCGUCAUCGCCAUCGUGUGGCUCAUGGCUCUCCUCACGUGCGUGCCCGUCGCCGUUCACUCCGACCUCAUCUACUACGAUAAAAAUCAGUCUUUUUACCACGGCCACUACAAUCUGCCAGUCUGCACGGAAUAUUGGCCGCGUGAUGAUCUCCGACAGAUAUACUCUAUCGCCAUAGUCGUCUUGCACUACUUCCUGCCUGUCACCACCAUGAUAUUCACGUACUGCAGGAUCUGGUGGAUCAUAAGGAGGAGCUCCCAGAAAUUUACGACAGUUACAGCAGAGCGCUUUGGGUUCGCGGUGACUCAGCCUGGGAAGAAAAACUUCUUUUCUAAGAUGAUCCGCAUGUCGGUGACGGUGGUGCUGGUCUACUCGCUGUGCUGGCUCCCCUUCAACAUACUCAUGGUGAUGCUAGAAUUCAACCCCGCGCUCAUGUAUAUGAAUGGGCUUCACUACAUUUGGAUUACAUUCUACUGGUUCGCCAUGCUGCACACCGUCCUCGGCGUCACUCUUGUGUUCUGGCUCAACCCGGCCUUCAGGGUGGCCAUGAUGAAUAAUGUUGUCCUCGGCCUCACUCUUGUGUUCUGGCUCAACCCUGCCUUCAGGGUGGCCAUGAUGAAAGUGAUUCAUUCCAUAUCUCCGCCGUGCUGUCGGAGCACUCUGGAGCGUCAGAUGGAUAAAGUGCAGCGCCAAAACUCACGCAUCGGCUUCAGGAGGAACGGCACUUUACGCAUGAGUCUGUCGGCCGCCACACACCCUAACCACGUCGUCACGCCGGGCGCUCAAACGGCGAGCUUCGUGCGCAACGCCAAGAAGCUGAACAGCGACUCGUCCUGCAGAACUUCCAGUGGGCGUGGCACUUCGUCGCGAUCAUCAAGCAUCAGGACAAUUCAAGAAACGAUUUCAUUGAUCCCUAACUCCGGCGCUCGCUGUGACGGCGAGGACGCUGACGCCAUGUUCAGCUUCCCGCGUAUUGAUACUCGUCAUGCAGAGGGGCCGAAGAAAUCAACUGAUGGCGGCGAGGGCAUCGUGUUGCCCGCAAAGUCAAAGGCACUAAAUAAAGGACAACAGGAGAAAAAUGAAGACACACGACAAGAUUCCAUGAAGGCACGAGAUGAACAGCAACAAAUGAUGAGUGGCAGCGUCGCAGCAUCACAAGUUAGGGGGAAACUAGAUGGUAUCGGAUGUGGAGGACAAGCUGAAGAAAGUACACCACGUGAAGGGUUUCCAAAUGAAAAAUGCAGGGAUGAACUACCGCUAAAACAAGAGAGAAAAUCUCUGUUGACUCUUACGGAAGAAUCCGAUAUUAUCGACCUUGACGACGACGUUUUCACGUAGACUCAUACGAUGGUAAUGACCGCAGUAUAUGAUCAGAGUAAAUGAAAAAUGUGUCUGAACCCGAUUGAUGGAGUUGCAUGGUGAAGGAGAAAUCACUCCUUUUAAUCAUUGACAACUUUUCCAGUACAAUACGCCUAGUGGUUCUCAAGAAAAACUUGGCACAUUGGCUCACCUUUAUUCUUUGAACAUUCUAUAAUACUCGAAUGAGCUGAUUAUCUGCUGUAGUUUUUCUAAGCCAGUUAUAAGAAAAGUUUUAUUUGACUGUGUUUUCGACUGUUUGGAACACGGUGUUAAUAAGUGUAAAAUAGAUUUAGCUAAUUGACUCGUAAGUGAUAAAAAUUGUCAGAAUAAUUAUAUUGUAAAUCGAUUCCCUGGAUUGAAAUUAGCUCAAUUAAGUUCUUCGUUAUGCCAAAUUUUUUAUUUUACGCAAAAUGCUGUAAACAUAAGAUGAUAAUUGUAUAAAUAAAAUUUGAUUUCCGAUUUGAUUUCAUGCGUUCCUCAAGUG